AUGAUCGUUCCAUUGAUACGGCUAAACAUUUUUUUGUCAGGCGGAAUUGGUAUCACAGCAAAUUUUAUUGUACUGAUAAUUUGUUUUGCAACAAAACCAGAUAUUUGCAAAGAAUCCAGAUUUAUUAUUAUUUUUCAAACACUUCAUGCUUUAUUUACAAUUUGUGUUAAUAUUGCAGCACAACUGACAUACUGUGUUGAAAAGGGUAAUGUUACAAUCGCUGCUGUUGGAUGGUUGGUAAAACUGUUACCAACACAGGUGAUUGUCUGGUUUUUGUAUAUGUUUCAUUUUCUGUUGGCUGUUGGCGUUCUAACAUUUCAUAUUGGUUUUGGAUUUCAGUUCUGUCGAAUUUGCAGAAAACGACUUUUGGGUAUACGUUAUGAAGAACAGAAUAUUCCACGAUUGUAUGUAUUUUGGUCAAUGAUUGCUUUAAUAAUAGAAGGUAUAAAUGCUCCUACAAUGCAGGUGAUACAUACACCCAGUUCACCAUGUUUUUAUCACGCUCAUGAGGCAUUUCAGUUGAGGCGUCAAAAGAAGGAUCAGUGGCGCGUAAUUUUUUUCGUUUUCUCGCUUAUUAUCGGUGCAUUCAUUUCGUUGAUUAUUAUUGCAUUUACAUCUGUACGAAUUUUGCGUAAUUUAAAUUUUCAAAAUUUUCGGCAACGUACCAGACGUCUUCAAAAGAAAUUUACUCGAAUGAUGUUAUUACAGGCAGUUUUGCCGAUGAUUGCUGUUAUUUUACCAUUUUUGGUUUAUGCUUGGACGCUUGUGGUACCUUUAGAAAUUGGUAACUACGGUUCACUGUGUAAUGACGACAGUAUCGUUAGACUGAAUGCUACUGCCACUGUUGAUGCUGUAGUGGAUUACGUGCUAAAAGUAGGUAAAAUGUUGCCACCAAAUAAUCUGCUGUGUAAAAUUCCUAGUGAAUAG